AUGUCGGCCCUGAUGAUGCGAGCCGCAGUCGACGCCAUGGCUGGACCCACCUCGAUGCUGUCUGGGCCUGCAACGCCAACCGCGUCGCUCAGCUCCACCGCCUCGGCCUCAGCCUCGGCCUCGCCCCUGCCAGCGCCCGACGCCGAGCAGCUGGAACGCUUCUCGUCGCUCGCCAUCUUCCUCGUCCUCACCCUCCUCAUCCUCUCGUUCUGCACGUCCUACUACCUCAGGGUCAAGCGCAUCACCGCGGUCCACGAGACCAUCGUCGGCCUGUUCGCCGGCAUGUUUGUCGGCCUCUGCCUCCGCGUCGGCCCGGGCGAGCAGGUGCAAAAGAUGCUCAGCUUCAGCAACACCAUCAUGCUCAACGUCCUCCUACCGCCCAUCAUCCUCGCCAGCGGAUACGAUCUCAGGCAGGAAAACUUCUUUCGCAACUUUGGAACCAUCCUGAUAUUCGCCUUCGCCGGCACCUUUAUCAGCGCCGUCGUCGUAGGCGUCAUCGUCUACAUCUGGUCGCUGCUCCAUCUCGAGUCGAUCUCGCUCUCGCUCCUCGAGUGCCUCAUUUUCGGCUCGACGCUCAGCGCCACGGAUCCCGUCACCAUCCUGGCCAUCUUCAACACGUACAAGGUCGACCCCAAGCUCUACUCGAUCAUCUUUGGCGAGAGCCUGCUCAAUGAUGCCGUGUCGAUCGUCAUGUUUGACACCCUCAACACGUUCCGCGGCAAGGAGAUCUUCAUCUCCUCGAUCUUCCACGGAGUCGGUCUCUUCCUCUUCGUCUUCACGUUCUCGAUGCUGCUCGGCGUCUGCUUCGGGCUCGGCUGCUCGCUGCUGCUCAAGCACUCGCGCCUCAGCUCGUACCCGCAGCUCGAGACCUGCCUCAUCGCCCUGAUCGCCUACACCAGCUACUUUUUCAGCAACGGCGUCACCAUGAGCGGCAUCGUCUCUCUCCUCUUCUGCGGCAUCACGCUCAAGCACUACGCCUACCACAACAUGUCGCGAAGGACGCAGCGAGCGACGCGGUACACCUUCCAGACGCUGGCCAACCUUUCCGAAAACUUCAUCUUCAUCUACCUCGGUCUCAGCCUCUUCACCCAGGAGAUCCUCGUCUACAAGCCGCUCUUUAUCAUCGUCACGGUGCUGGCCGUCGUCGUGUCGCGCUACUGCGCCGUCUUCCCGAUCGCCAGCGCCAUCAACGGGAUCAAGCGGGCGCGCAACCGGCGCCGAGCCUCGCGGGUGGGCGGAGGAGGCCCGCCGCGAUCCAACGGCAGCGACGAGGAGCUGCCGAGGGAGUACCAGAUGAUGCUCUUCUGGGCGGGCCUGCGCGGCGCCGUCGGCUUCGCGCUGUCGGCGAGCAUCGAGGGCCAGAAUGCCAUCGCGCUGCAGACGACGGUGCUCGUCGCCGUCGUCAUCACGGUCAUCGUGUUUGGAGGCACGACGGCGCAGAUGCUCGAGAUCCUCGGCAUCCGCACGGGCGUCCAGGACGACGAGGGCGACUCGGACGACGAAGAGGACGAGGACGACGCGAUGCGACUCCGCGGCGUCCGCAGGCGCUCGGAGUACAUGGACUCGAACGGCAUCCGCCACCGCAGCGGCAGCUCGCGAAGCGGAGCGGGGUCAGCAGGCGGAGCCGGAUUGCGGUCCGACGGGCCAGGCUCGGCCAAGUGGAAGACGGGCAGCACCGCCAACCUGGCGCGAGGCUAUCGGGACGGCAGCGAGGCGUCCAGCCCGCGUCACUCGUUUGGCGGCGGCCGGUCCGGCACGACGGCCCGCAGCGCAAGAGGUUUCGGCGACGACCUGCCGCAGGACGACGAAGACGACAGCAUCGUCGACCAUCUCACCUCGCUGUCGCCGGAUCGACUGCCCUCGCGCAGCAGCACACCAGGCCUGGGACGGGGCGGCUCAUCGCUGCGACCGUCGCCGACGGUCAACACGACGUCGAUUCCAUCGCUGAGCGAGAUUCGCAAGGCCGUCAUGGAUCUGAGCAGCGGCCACGGCGAUGGCAACGAGGGCUCGACGGCGGCGGGUGGGGUGAGCUCUUCGCCCGCCAAGCAGCUGCUGGACCGGGCCGGUCUGGUGAUGAAGGACGGCCAGUGGUUCCAGACCAUCGACCAAAAGUACCUGCUGCCCCUCUUUAGCAACUCGGUGGCAUCGAGGCGGCACGAGGAGAAAAAGGUGGCCAGGUUGGCGGCGCGCGGUACGUGGCGCGGGUUCGGCGAGGCCGGCGAGCUCGACGGCAUGGAAGGAUCCUCGGGUGACUGGGCAGAGGGAGGCGCCGACGAAGCCGACAUGUACCCCGCCGAACGGGAUGCCGAGAUCGUCGACGACGACGACGACGACGAAGAUGAGGAGGGGGCAGGGGGUGAGGUCGUCUUCGAUGCGAGCGGCUACAAUGGCAGGCCGAGCUCCAGCGGCCAGCAGACGCCCGUCAGGAGGACGUUGAGCAAGGACGCCGAUGGCUUCGCCCACCUGCGAUCGGCAGGCGCAGCAGGAGGCAGCGGCGGUGGCCUCUAA